CAUUCACUCCAUCUGCUUCAUGAGCAUGAGCUGGCUGCUUCUCUGCCUCUCCGUGCGUCUUUGAGCUCUUCUGACAUAUGCGCUCCAGCUCAGUUUCUCUGCUGCUUUCUUUUCUCUUUUUCCUCCCUCUGUUUUUCGACAAGUCCCACACAUCUACGCAGAGUCCGUUUCUCACCCGCUUUUGCCCUCCCUCCUCAUUCCAGGACAGGAAAAGGAGCAGUAGCAGGGAGCACCGUGGACGAAGACUAACCACAAUAACAGGAAGAGGAAGUGGGCAGUGACCUGUGUUAGAGGUGGGGGAUUGUGGUCAAACAGCUGUGGAGCAACAGUUUUAACUCCUGGAUGGGAAAACCACAUCAGAGAGAGACGGAGAACCUGUUGGACUCACACCUGAGGAGAUAAAACCGGACAACCUGAGGAGGAAGUAAAGCCAUUAAGGACAUUUUGGUGGAAAACCCCCCACACUCUCAGUGACUGGGGUUUUACUUUUUGCCUCUAAAACACUAAAUACUUUAAAUUGUCACAUUAGAAUUAUCUAUUUAGUUCCCAAUCUAUUUUGCAUCCUGAUUCUUGGAAAGUGUCUCACAUUCCUUUUGGGAUAUCCAACUCUGGAAUUCUUUUUUUUUAAACAACAUUUUUUUUAAUCGGUUGACAUCGUAGGAAAAAAAAUUGAGGAAUUGGUCAUAAUUCCGGGAAAAAAUAUAUAACUAGAGAAAUCCAGCCAAUAACAAAACACUUUCUGAAAACAACAACAAGGCUGAAGAAUAGUGGAAUUCCUGUUUCAGGGAACAAGUGCACCUCCUGAAGGAUUUGAGCUCCAAAACAAGUAGUUCUGCUUCAUUAAAUGAUGAUGGCGCGGUUCCAGCUAUGGAUGGCAGGACUCAUAACCACUUUGUUCCUUUUCGUCGUUAUUGCUCAAGGCUCUGGCCUUCCAGCUGUGGUCCCAGAGAGGCAUGACUCUGCUGACAUUGUAAGAAAAGAAUCCCACCCGGUGCUACUCAGACAGAAGAGAGAAUGGAUCUGGAACUCACUCUAUGUGGAAGAAGAAAAACCAGCACCGAUUCCUUACAAGAUAGGAAAACUUAAGUCAAGCAAGGCAGUGGAGGUGAAGAAGUUUCGAAUAGAGGGUGAAGGAGCCAACACCAUCUUUACUGUGGAUGAAAAGGGAGACCUGUUUGUCAGAAAAUCUCUGGACAGAGAGGAGAAGGCCUCGUAUAACUUAACAGCGAGGAUGCUUGAUGGGAACAACAAGUUGAUAGAAGACGCCGGGGAAUUUGUAGUCCAGGUGACCGACAUCAACGAUAACAGCCCUAUUUUCCCAAGAACAUACAAUGGAUCUAUACUGGAAAGGUCCAUGAAAGGAACGACAGUGGUAAAAGUGAGCGCAACUGAUGCAGAUGACCCAACUACUCCUAAUGGAGAGCUGAGGUACUCUUUGACAUCACCUGGAGAUACUUCAUCCUUUGAAAUCGACCCCAUCACAGGUGUGAUCAGCUGCAAGAUAAACACUUUGGACCGGGAAUCCCAGCGCCAGUAUGUGUUGGUGGUCAAAGCUCAGGACAUGAGAGGAAUGGCCUCCGGCAGCACCGCCACUACCUCUGUCACCAUCGUCAUCGAUGACAUUAACGAUAAUUUAGCUUCAUUUACAAAAAAAAUGUAUUCCAUAGAAGUUCCAGAGAAUCAUAAACUGAAUGAAAAGAUUGGGACUCUGGAGUUGAAGGAUGAAGACGAGAUUAAGAACAAGAAACCGACAUUCACUAUUCAAAGUGGAUACAAGGAUGCAUUCAGCAUUCAACUUAACGAUGACAAGGAUGGCAAUCUCUUGCUUAAAAAGCCUCUGGACUACGAAACAAGGAGCAACUACGUUUUUAUCGUUGAGGUGAAUGAUGAUGUGCGUUUUCCAGCUGACAACUCAAAAACUGCUGUUACACGAGCUGAGGUUACUCUCAUAGUGGUGGAUGUAGACGAGCCACCGGUUUUCUCCCAGUCUACCUACAUCUUUAGUGCUUUAGAGGAACAGAUGCUACGAAACAUAGGAAAGAUUCAAGCCAGAGAUCCUGACCAGGCCAGCAGGAGCAUAAAGUAUUCCAUCUUAGACAAGGACUGUCCCAUCGACAUCGAUCCGUUCACAGGUCAACUGUCCACCCUGAGGAAGUUGGACAGAGAGCUGCAGCCGACACACGAGUUUCAAGUUAGAGCGCAGGAGCAUCCGGAUGGUUUGGAGUCACUUGUAAAAGUUAAAAUUAACGUUCAAGACGUCAAUGACAACACGCCCGAACUGGUUGUGGAUGAGAUCUUCGUGUGUGAGAACGACAUGAGAAAUAUGGUAAUUGGGACCUUGCGAGCUUCAGAUAAAGAUGAACAAAUGUCCACCUUCUCCUUCAGCUUUGCCAGUCACAACUCCAACUUCUCCAUCAGAGACCACGGCAACAACACAGCAGAUAUAAUAGUGAGACAAGGUCCGUUCAGCUUGGAAGACCCUAAUGAUUACAGUGUGGAUGUUCGUAUCAGCGAUGGAGGACAGCCAAUCCAGACCAGCGUCACUAAACUGUCAAUCAAGUCGUGUCGGUGUGACGCCAGGCGGAUUCCUACGCAGUGCAAGGCCAGCUCUCGGAAGAUGGGAGUGAGCGUCCACGCCCUGAUAGCUAUUCUGCUCUGCAUUCUAACCAUACUGGUGAUAGUGAUCCUGUUCGUGAUGAGGAAACGCUACCAGAAGGAUUCUCUUGCCAGCAUGAAGAACAGCGGCGAGAUUCACGAGCAGCUUGUCACGUAUGACGAGGAGGGUGGAGGAGAGAUGGACACUAAUGGCUACGACGUCUCGAUCCUCACUUCCGCUUGCAACGACGGCUCGCUGCUCCGCCAUCCUGAUUGUCUCACACAUCCUUAUGCCAUGGUCCAAAAACCCCACCACCACACUCAGCCCACUGCAUGCAAAGGCGACAUGGCGGCAAUGAUCGAGAUGAAGAAGGACGAAGCUGAUCACGACAGAGAUGGGUUCCCGUAUGACACUCUCCACAUCUACGGCUAUGAGGGACCAGAGUCUUUAGCCGGAAGUCUCAGCUCUCUGGAAACAUCUUCGUCUGGUUCCAACCUGGAUUACGACUUCCUCAAUGAUUGGGGCCCGAGGUUCAAGGCCCUGGCUGAGCUGUACGGCGUGGAUGGACCCGACUACUACCAUCAGUACUGAUGAUGCAACCAUUUCCCACAAUGUGAGCAUGGGAUGUGUGCACAUGGUUGGAAAGAGCCAUAAAAACAUGCAGGAACACCGGAAAGGGGUGUCCUGCAGAGACUUGGUUACCUCCUCAAAAAACAAUCAGGGGGCUCUUUUUUUUCUACAAACAGUUAACUUCAGUUAUCGUCUGUAAUUCUGUGGAUUCAUUUGUGUUUCGUGCCUUUCGUUUAUUCACUCCCAGUCAUUAAUUAUCUUCAUCCAAGUCCUGGAAGCUUCCACAAGCUGUGUCAGGGACUUAUUAUUAGUGUUCUGUUUUGUCUGACUUGUUCUUUGCUCAUUUUUGAGGACAUGAUGUGAUUUUUCUAAAGUAACUGAAGGAAAAAGAGGGCUAACUGCUCCUCGUGUUUUAAAGUAAUUUUGAUGAUGCUUUGAGAACAUUGUGAAGAAUUUUUUUCCCUUUCAACCCUGUUGAGAUCUACAACAAUUUUUUUCCUUGCAACAUCCAACAAGACACAUGUUCUGCUUGUUCAUCGAAUUUAUUUUCUUAAUCUGAUCAAUGAUUUGGUUUAGUAAUUAAAAACUGCAUGUGUUUGAUUUUCA